CGUGCACUGUCAUUCUUUAUCAGUUUCUCAAAAUGUCUCGCCGAUAUGAUACAAGGACGACGAUAUUCUCGCCCGAAGGACGACUGUAUCAGGUGGAAUAUGCCAUGGAAGCUGUAGGUCAUGCUGGUAUAUGCCUGGGAAUUUUGGCAAAUGAUGGCAUUGUUUUAGCAGCUGAGAGGCGAAACACCAAUAAACUUCUUGAUGAAGUAUUUUCUUCAGAAAAGAUUUACAAGCUUCACGAUGACUUGGCCUGCAGUGUUGCUGGUAUAACAUCUGAUGCUAAUGUGCUGACAAAUCAACUAAGACUUAUAGCUCAGAGAUAUUUAUUACAAUACCAAGAACCAAUACCAUGUGAGCAGGUUGUCAGCUCACUGUGUGAUGUAAAACAAGCCUAUACACAAUUUGGAGGUUUGCGACCAUUUGGUGUAUCCAUUUUGUACGUGGGCUGGGAUAAACACUAUGGCUAUCAGUUGUAUCAGAGUGAUCCUAGUGGCAACUACAGUGGAUGGAAGGCAACGUGCAUAGGAAAUAACAGUGUAGCUGCAGUCUCCAUGCUGAAACAAGAAUACAAGGAAGAUGAAAUGGAAUUAAAAGAUGCUCUGAAACUGGCAGUCAAAGUUCUAGACAAGACAUUAGAUAUAACAAAACUUACACCUGACAAAGUGGAAAUGUCCACAUUGACCAGGGAAAAUGGCAUAACAAGCAUCAAGAUUCUAAAAGCAGCAGAGGUUGAAGCACUUAUCAAGGAACAUGAACAAGUGAAAGCAGAAGAAGCCAAGCAAGCUGCUGCCAAGAAAUAACUUGAGCUUUAAUUUAUGAAACCUACACUUCAGAAUAAACCUUAUUCAUUAUGACCAAAUUCUUGUAGACAAUUUACAUGUGUAAGCAUCAGAUAGAUAAAGAACAUCAUACACCAAGGUCAAAACCUUGCCUAAGCAGUAAAUCUCAGCAGUGAAUCUUUUGUUUUUAUUCUACAAUAGAAGUUAAAGUUCCUCUAUCAUCUAAGUCCCUCUAUCAUCAAGAAACCUUCACUCAUUUAAAUCCUAAGAGCAACUAGCAUCCAUUAUCUCCUUACAGUAAAUAUGCUUAAUCAGUCAUUGAGAUCAUGAGAAUGAACAAAAUGAUCAACAACCUUAAAAGCUUUGAGUGUAAACUGAAUUCUCUUCAUCUGUAACAAAGGAAAUUUAUAGAGACAAGUAUGGAGAUCGUAGAUACUGAUGUCAGUUAUAGUGUUAAGGGUUAAUGGUAUAACAUUAUUCUAAAAAAAAAAAAAAAGGGGAAGAAAGAAAAGAAAUCACAGCUCAAGAUUGCUUUCUCAUUGUACUUUCCUUUUCUUUGGGCAGUGAAAAGGAUGAUAGGAAGGGCCAGAAAAUAUACUUCCCAUUAUAGGCUCCCAUUUUGUAAGGGAAUAUUGUUAAAACAUGUUAAGUAGAGGAAGAGUUGUAUUUUGUAAGAUGGAAACCUUAGACAUGUGCCGUAGUGAGGUUUGUAAGGCCAUAAAAGAUGUUUCAUCUUGCAUCUUAAGCUGUGUUACAUGCACUUGUUCUGAUGCUAUCAGCUCAGUCUAACACUAUUUGUUUUGAUAUAGAUAAUGCAAUAAUACAAAACUUGAACACUGCGCUAUUUUCAAGUUGUCAGUAAUACAGUCCUUUUUUUAAAUCCGUAAAAGAUUUGGGUUAGCAGUGUUGUCCAUACUUUUAUCUGAGGUUGCCAGAAACAAUGCUAAUGCAAAAUUUUAGGGAAAAAGCAAAGUGUUAUCUGGUUCAAUAAAGAGUCAUGAGUGGUGAUCAGUUUAGGGAUUAAGUUGCAGCUUGUGGUGUGUAAGGUUCAUUUGUACAUGAAAAUGUACAUGGUUACCAUUUAUUCAUUAAAAUGAAAUGUUUGUUUGUGAA